GCGUGAAAAUACCUCUAACUUGAGUUUCUUACGAGCGUGAUAAUGGCCAGGGUGGCGAACAAGGCUCCCUACUUGGCCAGCUAGCUAGUGGCUAACUCGAACUAGCCCUCAUGUCACACAGGCAGAACAUCCUCGCCAACUGUCAACAAUUAUACGGCUAGCUGGUCGGGUCAUUUACAGAUAAUCGUCACUGGUGUUGUGAUUGCCUGCAAAUACGUUCCGACAGUGCAGGUGUUGGGCAGCUGACCAAGAUCUAUAAUGAAUUAACUUGGCUUGGUGUACAGUGAUGUCUGCUUUGUGACCAGGUCAUAUGAAUGCUUUGUGCUAGCUAAGAGAAGCUAGCUAAGCUACGCUAGCUCGAUAACCACUGUAACGGCCCACGUUUGAAUGAAAGCCUAGCAAGCUCGCUGUAGCAAAGAAAGAUGGCUAGCUAUCUGUGGAAAACAGUUUGGUGUUGUUACCUGGUCAACGUUAACAGCCGCCACGGCAUUAGUCUUAGAGCCUAUUAAGUAGCUUAUACUGCACAUUUGAGCAGGUUAAUUUAGCUAUCUAUCUUACUAGCAAGCUAGCGUGAACUAACUUAACAGCUAGUUAGAUACAUGGCUGGUUAGCUGGGUAAGUUACGGGUCCUGCGUUGGGUUAUUGAAGCCACUAGCAGGCUAAGAAUCACAAAUGGGCAAAUAAUUAUGUAAGUAUUCAAGGUAGCUAGCCAGCUUGACUAGCUACAAAUAAACUUGCGUCUUCGUGCAUUAGCUGCUUGUUGACAGUAACGGCAAGAUAAUGGCAAUGGCAGCCCAGUUACUGAAAUACGGGUCCCCUGUUGUUAGGCAGAUCACGGCUCGUCAGUAGCUCAGCUACCCAGCUACCUCGACACGGGGCGAAACUUCACACGAACCCGCAAUACUUCGGAGCCCUGGUGGAGACCUUGGCGCAAAGAAGAAAAAGAAAAAGCAGAAGAGAAAGAAAGAAAAACCCAGCUCAGGUGGAACCAAGUCUGAUUCUGCCUCUGAUUCUCAGGAGAUAAAGAAUCCAGCCAUUCCCAUGCAGAAGCUCCAGGACAUCCAGCGUGCCAUGGAGCUCCUGUCCACCUGCCAGGGACCUGCCAAGAGCAUAGAUGAGGCCACCAAGCACAAGUACCAAUUCUGGGACACCCAGCCUGUUCCUAAGCUCAAUGAGGUAGUGACCAGUCAUGGGCCAAUCGAACCAGAUAAGGAGAAUGUCAGGCAGGAGCCAUAUUCCCUCCCCCAAGGUUUUAUGUGGGACACACUGGAUCUCAGCAAUGCUGAAGUCCUGAAGGAGCUCUACACGCUGCUGAAUGAAAACUAUGUGGAGGAUGACGACAACAUGUUCAGAUUUGACUACUCUCCGAACUUUCUCAAAUGGGCACUGCGCCCCCCUGGCUGGCUCCCUCAGUGGCACUGUGGCGUCAGAGUGUCGUCCAAUAAGAAGCUGGUGGGGUUCAUCAGUGCCAUUCCUGCAGACAUCCACAUCUACGAUACAUUAAAGAAGAUGGUGGAAAUCAACUUCCUGUGCGUGCACAAAAAGUUGCGUUCAAAGCGCGUGGCUCCGGUUCUGAUCCGAGAGAUCACGCGGCGGGUCAACCUGGAGAGCAUCUUCCAGGCCGUGUACACCGCUGGUGUAGUGCUGCCCAAACCUGUCUCCACGUGCAGGUACUGGCAUCGCUCUCUCAACCCCAGGAAGCUUGUUGAGGUGAAAUUUUCACAUCUCAGCAGGAACAUGACACUACAGAGAACCAUGAAGCUCUACAGGUUACCUGAUUGCACGCGUACCCCUGGCCUGAGGCCCAUGGUGGCCUCUGACGUGAAGCAGGUGACCGCGCUGCUCCAGAGGUACCUGAGCCAGUUCCACCUGCGACCUACCAUGGGCGAGGAGGAGGUGCACCACUGGUUCCUCCCACAGGAGAACAUCAUCGACACAUACGUCGUGGAGGGUCAGGGCGGCGUGCUGACGGACUUCACCAGUUUCUACACGCUGCCAUCCACAGUGAUGCACCACCCCUUACACAAGAGCCUGAAGGCAGCAUACUCCUUCUACAAUGUGCACAUGGACACGCCACUUAUAGACCUGAUGAACGACGCACUCAUACUCGCCAAACUAAAAGGCUUUGAUGUUUUUAAUGCUCUGGAUUUAAUGGAGAAUAAGACUUUCUUGGAAAAGCUCAAGUUUGGCAUCGGAGAUGGGAACCUUCAGUAUUACCUUUACAACUGGAAAUGCCCCCCCAUGGACCCAGAGAAGGUCGGUCUUGUUCUACAGUAACGAGCUACAGGCUGGCUGAUACCAGAGGUGGGCGGCAAAGACUUAAAAAAAAAAAAAAAAAAAAAAAAAAAAAAAAAGUCCAUUCAAAGUGAAUGAGUUCCAUCACACAGCUCUUGGGUGUUAUUUUGGUUGUGAGAGUUUUCUCUCAGUUUUUCUCUAUACAUAAGAAUGUGACACAUCAGCAUCUGACCAAUUUCUUCAUACUGUAUCAACACACAUUUACACUUUAAUUUCUUAAAACUCCUUUAAACUGUCGUCAUUUUAUAAAACGCACACAUAUGCACGGCUCUCUGAUGAUUGGUUACGUUCCAAACCCCCCCCCCCCCCCCACACAUUCUUUUGAAGGUGCAUUAAUGUUCGUGUGGGAGAACUAGCAUCCAGAUAUUUAUUGUGUUUUGUGGUUUACAAGGGAUUACAGGGGACGGGCGCAGGGUCAAAUCCAAAAAUUUUACAGGGGAGCUGCCUGUGAUGUCGCAGGCUAGAAGAGUUCCAGAGGUUAGUCAGUAGGACCAAGGCAUAUUGCUGGGUACAUGUGUGAGAAUGAAUGUAUUGUAUUUUUUUUUUAAAGCACAUGUUCUACAGGAUGCUCCAGUGUGCAUCGUUACGCUCUUUUUCAUCGUUUGGAAGGAAUGUGAAUCGUUUUAAAUUUUGAGUUUCAUGUUUGCAUUUUAAACGUUUGUGACGCCAGAUGUAGUUUUCAUUCCAUGCACUCCUGCGUCUUUUAUUUCAAACAAUUCUGAUAUUUAGAAUUGUAUUUAAGUUAAAUGUUUGGGUUUUUUUUUUUUAAUUGUCAGUAUUAUUGAUAAUGACAGCAUCCAUCACACUGAAAGUAGGAUAAAGUUUGAAUGGUGCAAUUAUUUUAGCAUGUCCUGGGAUCUUUCAUUAUACAAGCACAAGAAAAUGGACAAAAUGAACAAUCAUGUUUGCAUUGUCACUUUGACAAUGCUCUUCAUCGCUGAUGCUUUCCCAGUGCUUUUGGUUAUAUGCUGCCAAGAAACCUGCUCGUUACAGAAAUUAAAUGACUUGUCACUGUUACACGGGACGUUCCAGUAGCUGAUCAUUUCUAGAGUGGAUGCCACCUGUUCUGCUUCUGUUCUUGCUGGCAGCGAUGUAUGGAGAGUCUGCAACAGUGCUUUUCAAACAAGUGCUUUUAAAAACAAGCACACCUCCAGGUAUGCUUAUAAAAAAAGGAAGGAAGAAAAAAAAAAAAA